CGGGCCAUCGUCUCGUUCACUACACGGGCAUGUGGCUUUUUUGAGUUGUUCAGUUAACCAGUGGUUUUAUUUUGGUACGGUCGAGCUCCUGUCUUUCUGGGAAGAGACAUCGGGCCUCUGGCAGAUUCGCCUGACCAGUUAAUGCUCGCUGCCCUUGCCCUUGCCAGUUAACGGCCCUCUAUGCAUCCGAGACUCGGCCCCAGUCCCCAUGUACAGCCUAGCCUUUAAGACACGCAACAGCCCUUCUCAGAAGACGUCCCUGCGAUGGGGGGACUGCUGUAAGCCCAACCGCUGAUGCAACACCUUGUUACCGUUCGCUACCUACUGUUGUUACUCAAAGACUAUUUUGAAAAUUUGUUAUAAAUAAUGAAUUCUAUAUUUUUCUGGGGAGAAAAGAAGACUUUAUACCAAAUAUAAUAUAUUUUAGUGAGAGUGUAUUUCGGUUAUAAAUUGAGAUAUUUAUUUUUAUGUGAGAACUGAAACUGAUACAUAUCAUUCACAUAAGUGAAGAAGACUUCACCCAUCGUAACCCAACACUAAACCAAAAUCAAGAUGAUCAACGUAUCAGGAGUGAUCUCAAUUGUGCUGUUCUACCUGCUGAUCUUGGGUGUCGGUAUCUGGGCAGCGCGCAAGAAACAGGCGGGCAAUGAUUCGGAGGAAGAGGUCAUGUUGGCUGGUCGCAGCAUCGGACUCUUCGUCGGCAUCUUCACCAUGACAGCGACCUGGGUGGGAGGAGGGUACAUCAAUGGAACAGCUGAAGCUAUCUACACUCAGGGUCUAGUGUGGUGCCAGGCUCCCUUCGGCUAUGCCCUUAGUCUCGUCUUUGGUGGAAUAUUCUUCGCCAAUGAGAUGCGGCGGCAGGGCUAUGUGACGAUGCUGGACCCUCUCCAGGAUACCUUCGGUUCCAGGAUGGGAGGGUUGCUCUUCCUACCGGCUCUAUGCGGGGAGGUGUUCUGGGCAGCGGGCAUCCUGGCAGCUCUUGGGGCUACUUUAAGUGUGAUUAUUGACAUGGAUCAUCGCACAUCUGUCAUCUUCAGCUCGUGCAUUGCCGUGUUCUACACGUUGUUCGGUGGUCUCUACAGUGUCGCCUACACCGACGUCAUCCAGCUCUUCUGUAUCUUCAUCGGUCUGUGGAUGUGUGUGCCAUUCGCUUGGAUGAACGAGCACGUGCAGCCGCUCUCUGUGAAGGAAGACUGGAUCGGCAGCGUGGACCCUGACAUGUACGGCUACUACGUAGAUUACGGAUUGCUGCUUGUCUUCGGGGGAAUCCCCUGGCAGGUGUACUUCCAGAGAGUUCUGUCAUCAAAGUCUGCAGGACGCGCUCAGAUCCUGUCCUACGUGGCUGCGUUCGGCUGUAUCAUCAUGGCCAUCCCUCCCGUCCUCAUUGGAGCUAUAGCCAGGAACACAGCAUGGAACGAGACGGCCUACAAAGGACCCUAUCCCUUGACUACCGAGGAGACCAGCAUGAUACUACCCAUGGUGCUACAGUACCUGACCCCGGACUUUGUGUCGUUCUUCGGUCUUGGAGCAGUGUCCGCCGCCGUCAUGUCGUCCGCAGACUCCAGCGUGCUCUCCGCCAGCUCCAUGUUCGCCAGGAACGUUUACAAACUCAUAUUCCGUCAACGGGCCUCAGAGAUGGAGAUUAUCUGGGUGAUGAGAGUUUCGAUCUUCGUGGUCGGAAUCCUGUCAACCAUCAUGGCCCUCACUAUUCCCUCGAUAUACGGCCUCUGGUCCAUGUGUUCCGACCUUGUAUACUGCAUACUCUUCCCUCAGCUGUUGAUGGUGGUGCACUUCAAACACCAUUGCAACACGUACGGGUCUCUGGCGGCAUACAUAGUAGCGUUCGUAGUGCGGAUGUCGGGCGGGGAGCCGUUGUUAGGCUUAGCCCCCACCAUCUACUAUCCGGGCUGGGACGGCGAGAGACAACUGUUCCCCUUCCGUACCAUGGCCAUGCUCGCCUCCCUCAUAACGCUGGUCGGCGUGUCUGCAGGCACCAAGCACGUCUUCGAGACGGGGAUGCUGGCACCUGGCUACGAUUGGUUCCGCUGCGUGGUGAAUAUCCCGGAGGAUGUGGUGCACGUCGGAGAGCCGGCCGAGGGGGAACAGAUGUCGGUGAUGACGAGUGGCGCGGGCGGGCGAGGCUACGGAGCCGCCACCAUGGUAGGCAAGGACGAGAUGAACGGCAGAGUGAAUCCCGCCUUGGAGACGGACGACGACGACCCGGCACUGGACCUCGCGGAGCUCAAGCGACGAGGCACAGGAGGUGGCGGCGGUGGCAACAUGGUUCCCGGCCAGACCACUCUGUAGACUGUACACACUGCUCACUAUACAGGUGAAAAUGUUUGUGAGGUCGCGGACUGAGCAGAAGCAGCAGAAGUGUCAUCCCAAUAGCAGAACAACCGGAGUGGCAGAGAGGAAGGGAAACAAUUGUAUAACGCUCUCUAUGACUCCAGAAUCUCAUGGUCCACAGGGGCUGUACGCUGCUACUGUGCUGUCAUGGCAGUAACUAUAAUCGCUCCUUGUAAUUGUGCGCUGUACAAACAAAUACACUUGAUUCUAAAAUCAGCAGUACUCAAGUAUCUAGAAAUGCUUGCUUUCUAAAAAGAGACUGAAAAUAUCAAUUAUGAAGUUGUUUACUGAGGUGAUACAGGAAAAAAAGCCGAUUAACCUUUCCUCCAAGAGGACAUAUCCAUAUUUAUAUGAUCAAUCAAAACGUAGCUUCAACUGAUAGGAGGUAAUGCUGCAUGGUAGUGUAUGAUUCAAAUGAUUUUAUUCAAGCUUCUUGACAUAAAAACAACAGGCUACACCAAAUAUACAUAAUUCAGAUAAAAUUUAGCUCACUCCAACUACUGCGCAUACUCACACAACUGACCGCUCCAUGACAAAUACUUUCACCUGUACACGAUGACCACUUCUGUCCUGGACGACCACAAUUCAGCCACAUCAACCCAUCUUUUGUUAUUGCAUUCUCAAACAUAUGCUCAUAUUUGACUCGACUGAAGAAAGAUUCGACCCCGCUGUUGUAUAAUGGGAACCAACACUCUGAAGCGCACAAGGUGUGAACAAUAACCUUCCAUCAAUCCAAAAUUUGUAUCUACACUCAUUCAUCUCAUAUAUAUGACAAAACGAUUUUCCAUCUUUGAAAAUCACUUUUUUGGAUUACGAAGAAGCCCUAGAAAACAACAACACAACAAUUGCUUAUGUUACAGCAACAAUGUUAGUUCUUUUAGAAGUAAAAACAAUUAAAUGACUAUUUUAGGUAACAAAAGUCCAAUAGAAGAACUUGUGAUGCUAUGACAAAUUACUAUUUUAGCUUAGAUAAAUCACUAUUUGAAAAAUCUGUGAUGAAAGAUACAUAUCACAAUAGAUUAUAUUUGAUAAAGCUGAUACAGUUGAAUGUGUUUACUCUUGAUAUAUAUUUACCUAUCCUCAACCUAGCUGGUAGACAGAUGUGGUCUGAUUGACAACAACAAAAGUAUAUAUUAAUUGAUGUACCUUGGAUUAUUAGGUUUAAUUAGGUAAGAUUAGUUACUGUUUGUUAGUUCUAAUUUUGUAUAGUUGUAUAUCCCUAAAUGUAAAAAUAACUGUGUAUUAUAAUGCAAGUUACCUACCUGCUUUUCAUAGUUUGUUAGCCAUUGUAUAAUACAUUUGUGAUCAGGAUGGCACUGUUAAAUGUGUAUGGUGAAAUAACUAAGUUUGGAAUAACAAAAUAAUUAAACUAUUCAACAUCAACGAUGUUUUAGUAUAAAAUGUACGUUCUUAGAAGGGCAGCUCAUAAUAAUGUAAAAGAAUAGGCACAACGGCAUCGAAGAAAUGGUUACAUUUUUUUUGCGUACCUUUAUAAAUGUUAAUAAUACCAAGGUAUCUAAUUAUAGUGAUCUCAUUUGGAGUUAAAGCCACCGAAGGCAAAUCUGUGUUUAAUUUCGUUAUAAUAUAAAAGAUACAUUACAUCAGACAAUAUUAUUUUUUCAUUUUUAUUUUUUUCAACUUCUCUACAUAGGUGCAUCAUUUCAUUUCUCAUCAAAGUUAUAUAUACUAAAUCUAUUGUUUGAUUUAAAAUGCCCUUAUAUUUCAGUUUUUGACUAAGUCGAUUUUGUAUGUAGUGCUCUUAGCUAAGCAAUAAAGUAACUGAACUUGGUGUCACUGGUUAUUAUUAUAUCAUACAAGGUGGUGGCCUAAGUGACCAAGUGUGAAAAACAUAUUUGGUCAAAAUCAUACCUGUCUUUAAAAAGUCACUAAUUAUGGAAAACUAUGCUGACAGUGAAAAAAUACAAGCUAUAAAUGCACAAAAGUGUCAACUUAUUCAUAAUAACUUCCUAUUAAGAUUUAUCUGAUUUUACAAAUAAUGACAACAUAAUCAUUGUUAUCACCUUCAGAAAUAGAGUAAGCCUCUGUAACUGUACUGAAACUUUAAAAUAGGACUCUGUUUAAUCAGAGGGUUCAGUUAUCCCUAUAUAAGUUGCAGAUGAUGAAUUUAAAACAUGUGCGCCACCCUGUGCUAUCAACAAACAAAUUAAGGUAGUAUAAUCGAUUUUUGAUUGGAAAAAUAUGUUUUCUUUUAAAUUUUAGAUUAAUACGCCCUUUUAUAUAACUUGUCAGUAUACAAAAAAAAAUUAGCGUUUUUGAUCACACCAUUUUGUUAUUUUUUUUUAUUACAAAUAUUUAAUAAUGACCCUUUUCUUUCUCUUUUUUCUUUUUUUUCUUUCUUAUUUUAUGAACUAAUUAUGUCAUCACUUGAUGAAGAGGAUAGAUUUCAAUCCUCAAAACGUGUUAUUCGUUUUAAAACAUAUAGCAUUGGCAAAUGUCCCAAACCUCGUUAUCCAUUCAAAUCUCCCAUCAUCAUUGACAAAUUUUAAACUAUGGCACUUAUAGUGUGAAACUUAGGUAAUUUUGUUAUCAGGCUCAAAAUUAAAAUGGCUAAAAAUAAAACUGUAAAAUGAGUAUUCAAAGUAGUAAUAAUUUCAGAAAUUGAUAUGUUUUAUGACUUUUAACAAAAAUAAUAUACUUUAAAUUUAAUUUAAUUUAAUAAUAUGAUUAAAUAAGAUAAAAUAUUUUUAUAUUAUCAAGCAUUGUUAUUAUUUCUAUUUUUACUAUAUAGCAUAUUCUGUUUCAAAUUCCUGCCACUCUUCGUGGAAUACUCUAAAGAGUUUUUCUAAUUUUUCUGUAACAAAAGUAGUAUAUAAAAGGUCUGUAACCAGAUGUUUUUUUAAAAAAAUAUUCCAACCAAAAACCAACUGCACCACCUUAAAUUUACCUUGAUUUGUUCUACCAUCUGGUUAACAAAAACUUAGUUAAGAGAGUUCUACUGUAAAAACAGUUCCACAACAUUAUUUUUGUUUAUAUUGCAACAAUCUUGAAUAUCAUGUGUUAGAUACUAAGUGUAUUCUUGAAAUCUUAGAGUUUAUCAUCACAUUAACUGAAUAAACUUUAAUGUGAAUGUAAAACUUUAUUUUUACUUUUAUAUAAAAAAAUAUAUAACUAAACAGUUUGAUGAUCUAAUUACCUAUUUAAGUUUAAAACACUCCAAAUAUAUUGUUCAUAAUUAUUACUAUUUUCAUCAUUUUUUCCGUAAAAUAUAGAUGUAGUUUGUUUUUGAACAGAGCAUAUUAUAAAAAUUUUAAAAAUUCAGUAUUCAAUGUAUUUUUGAGUGUCUUUGACGUUCUAUUUGUGACCAAUGAUGUUUUCUGGUAUUGGAGUGCUGACAGUACCUACAGUACACAAUAGGUACCAGACUGUUGACUGCCGACCCUUUAAUGUACGUAUUGUAUAGUAACGCUUACCUGUGCUAUUGCUAGUUGUAAUUAAUGUAAAUUCGUUAGAUUUUAGGUUGUACAGAAACAAAUACAUAUCAUUAUGUGCUCUAACUAAAUUUAUAAGAUUGGUAACCGUUCAUCUAUCUGUAUUUACAAAGUUCUCUGAAUGCCUUACACUCAUUGGUUACAUUAUUUCAACCAAUUUGAUUGGCUAAGAUGGCACCAAUCGAACUCAAUACGGUACCGUUAUCUUGAUCCCUAUUGGUCAAUCUGUAAAGCAUCUGUAUUGUUAAGCAACCUAUACAUAUCAUACAUUGGCCUAACUGAGUUCUAGGUGUUGUUGACUUGUUAUUGCUGGUGUAAAUGUGUUGCUUCCAACCAUAUAUUAUAUAUUAUCAUGUAAUCAGUAUUAAACGAUGUAUUUCAAUUUAUCAUUGAUAUAUUUUAUUUCUACGAGUACUCGCUGUAUCACCAACUCAAUAUGCCUAAGUGUUGUUUAUUUAUUCCUUGUUGGGAAAGAGUGAUUUUUAACUUGUCAAUAUGCAGAGUAUAUUUUAUUUUUUAUCUUUAUUUCUAGGUGUAAUUUAUUUUAUAUAUGUAAUUUUCAAUACAACUUAUUUUCCAUGUAUGUCUUUGUUGUUAAUAUUUUUAAAGUCUCUAUUUUUUACUAUCAACUUAAAACAGUACCAAAUAAAAAUGAAUGUAAACGUUUGUUAGAAGGUACUUAAUGUGUUAUAGAUCUUGUCUUGAUUUAACAUGGUAUUGCUAUGAGUAAUUUGUUCACUUACCAUGUUCGUAAAAUAACUUAUUUAUAGAUGUAGUAAAAUAUUGUAACUAUUUAUUUUAGGUUCAUUUUGUAUUGUUUUAGAUUCUAUCAUGAUGAAUAAAUAGAAAAGUAGUGGAAUCAAUUCCAAUAAUUAAUUUUAGUACUUUUCUAUUUACAAAAAUGUUGUAUUGGGCUUCUUUUACGGACUUGUUACGAAACAUUAGCCCCUAUGUUAGUGUAAAUAAUCUGUAAUAAUUUAUUUAUUAAUUUUACUAAUUAAUACAAAGUCAGUGUCUUGUAUGAACAGUGUUCCAAGAAAUAAUAAAUACUGAUAUUAUUUUCUUAUAUUUAAGAAUAAACAUGAUUUAUAUUAGGUAAGAUAGUUUUUGGUCUGUAUAAAAUUGUUGACGCAUUUCAGAGAUUUAAAUCGAUUGGUAACAAAAAUAAGAUAAUAUUAAUGAUAAUGAUCUUUAAAUAUUUUUAGCAAAAUGUGAAUAUUCUUUAUUAUUUAAUAAUGUACAUUUAUACAUAGAUACAAAAUAAUGAUAGAAGAGUAUAUAAACAAACAUAAAUUGAUAAUAAAUGCAUUAAAAUGUUGUUGUGGUUUAUCCAAUUGUUAUUUUAUUUGAAAGUAACUUUUUCUGGAGAGUGAUUGAACACUCACUGAAGGCAAUUGGGCUGUGAUGUGUGUUAAUGUAUAUCAAUAACUAAAUUCUGUUAUUUUUAUGUUGUUUUGUUGGUCACAGAAUAUAGUGAAGAAAAUGUUACUGUAUAAUAUAUGUAAUGAAAUUCUAUUGAAUUUUUAUAUUCCGUUAUAUUUUACUAAUAAGAGGUAAUAUGAAUUCACAAGGAAAGAAAGAUGGUCAAUAAACAAGUCAUGUUGAAAUACAGUUAUUAAACUAAAUGUAAAAUUUAACUUUAUUUGUUGGAAAUUAUUUUUGAAUAGUAGUCAAGUAUUUAACAUUUAAUACUUUUACCCAAUUUAUUGUAUUAUUUACCCUGUUCAUUAAGUUUAAUAAUGUGAGAGCCAAGUGCGUUUUAAUAAAUCUUAAAUUAUACUUUGAGUAUUCAAAAACUUACAAAUGUUAUACGUGAGCAGGAACAUCACACUGUGGAUUGAUCAAAGAAAUUUUUAUUUUAAGGUACAAUUUUGAUACAUAUGUAUUCUUGAUACAAACAAACAUAGGCCAUUAAAUUCCAAAAGAUCAUAAAUAAUUUAAGUUAUUCCCGUUACAAUAAGCACAAUUUAUCUCAAACAUAUUCAAUUAUUAUUUCUUGUAAUCCUUACAACAAUUGUAAAACUAUAUUAUACAAAAUUAAUUCAAAUAAAAAAGAUGUAUUAAUUUUGUAUUUUAACACUGUAUUUAUUAUUUGGAUAUGAUGUCCUUUCAGAAAUAGAGAAAUUUAAAUAAUGUAUUAGACUAAUUUUAAAUACAACGAUAUAUUAAAUACAUUUGUAACUGAUAGCAACAUUAUAUAAAACUAAGAUAAACCCUAUUAUCUUCGAACAUAAAAUGUACUUACUACAAAAAUAAAUAGAAUUCUGAUAUUAAUUGAUGUCUUGCAGUUUAAGAGCAUUAAUUUAAUUGAAGAUAAAUUAAUGCUCUGUAUGUUAAUACCCAAACAAUAGCAUUGUGGUACAAAAUUUACUUUUACUGGAGUAUAUAUCACAUUGAAGUCUGCAUCUGCAUAUUCCUAAUGCCAGUACGUCCUUUAAAAGAUUAAAUAUUAAAACAGAACAUUAAAAUAAAAUGAUAAGACUAUACCAGGAAUAUUUAAAUAACAUAUUUAUAAAUAAAUUUCACAACCAUUUAGUUUAUUUAUUUAUUUAAAAUAAUUGUUUCUGCAAUAAUAUUUUUAUGUAUAUCAUUCAGUUUUGUAUAUUUUACAUUAGCUACGCACAUACCACUCCAGAUUGUACAGACUAUGUAAGAUGUGUUAUUUUUUUAUUUAUGAUGAUCAACUCCUACUUAAGCAGUGAUAAGAAAGUGAUAAAAUUUAUUUCUAUGACCUUUUAGAAUUCUAAAGUGCCCUGAAAUAUUCUUCAUAUCAAGCAAUUUUAAUGUUUUGUACUUAUGUUUUGCACAUAAUGUUUUUCAUAUAUAUUUUAAACAUUUAUAUAAUUUGUCUAUAUACUUCUUAAAAAUGUAUUUUUAAAAUCUUUUAUGAAAAACUCGUUACAAUUUUUUGUUUUUAAAUGAUACUUUUUGGGUCAUAACAAUUUAUUUAGGCCUACCACUUUUCUUAUCACUCUUUGUGUUUAAACCUUUGACUCAAAGGUAAGGCUCUCAAAAAUGUAUUUCUAUUUAUUUCCAUUCUCUACUGUAAGAAUGUGUCAAUUACUAUUCUCAAAACCAAACAAAUAUCCUUUUUAACUCUGAGACACUGACCAAAUCUUUGUAAAUCUUUUGUGAGACGUCUAGAAAACGUUUUUGGUCUUAUUAGUAAAAACAAUACAUUUUCAAAUUGAAUACAGACUACCUUGUUUUGGAAAUUUUUGUAGAAAAAAUCUGUGGGACUGACCGUACUAUAGUUGCGAGUUAUGUAGGCACAGUCGCAGUUGCGUAUUAGCUUAGUGGAGUAACAGUAAAGUACCGAGCCUUACCGUUGUCAGUGUCGCCACCCGUAUCUAUGUCAAGUGUUACUUACCAAAUCUAGUUGUAUAUAAUGUGUUAGAUCUAGUCUUGUUAGAGCAAGGUUACCUCAAACAUGCAAUAAAAUGUACUGUUCAAUGUA